UCCCUAGGGUUUUGCAACAGUUGUUAGGACAACCUUCCCAGCCCAUCUUAUAUCCCGGUUUCUUCUACACAUUGAACUCAGUGAAAGACAAUAGUCUCCUGGUGCCAUUUUCCAAAAGCCUCUUGUGCUUUUAGAUUCUGCUGACUGGAAGAGGAAGCCAACCACAAUAGACAAGGCACUCAUCACCUGCUUCCUUGAAAGCAUCACCACCACUAUUUUUCUUCACCACUCCCAGUUUUCUUUCUUGCCGCCAAGCUGGAGUCACUUAAACGCUGGAAUGAGGAGAGGAUGGUCUGGUGUGAGAAAGGUGUCCAGAUCCUGCUCACCACUGUGGGGGCCUUUGCAGCCUUUGGCCUCAUGAUCAUCGCCAUUGGCACAGAUUACUGGCUGUAUGCCCGUGCCUUCAUCUGCAAUACCACCAACAUAUCUACCGAGGAAACCCCCCAGAAAGACAAGAAGGAUCCUGGAGGGCUCACCCAUUCAGGCCUCUGGAGGAUAUGCUGCUUAGAAGGGCUAAAGCGAGGGGUGUGCGUGAAAAUCAACCAUUUUCCAGAGGACACAGACUACGAUCACGACAGCGCGGAAUACCUCCUACGUGUGGUACGAGCCUCAAGCAUCUUCCCCAUUCUAAGUGCAAUCUUGCUAUUGCUGGGAGGGUUCUGCGUGGCUGCCAGCCGUGUCUACAAGUCCAAGCGUAACAUCAUCCUAGGUGCCGGCAUCCUAUUUGUUGCUGCAGGCCUCAGUAACAUCAUCGGUGUCAUCGUCUACAUCUCAGCCAAUGCCGGAGACCCUGGCACAAAACGCGACGACGAGAAGAAGAGCUACUACUCCUACGGCUGGUCCUUUUAUUUUGGUGGCCUUUCCUUCAUCCUGGCCGAGAUGAUUGGGGUCCUGGCCGUCAACAUAUACAUUGAGAAGAACCGGGAAGCCCAUUGCAAGAGCCGCACGGAGCUACUGAAAAACCCAUCUUCCUCGUCGUCGGCUAUCUUGCGCCUGCCCAGCUACCGUUUCCGAUACCGCCGCCGGUCACGCUCCAGCUCCCGCUCCACCGAGCCAUCGCAGUCUCGGGAAACCUCACCGGUGGGCCUCAAAGGCUUCCCUUCCACUGACAUCUCCAUGUACACACUAUCGAGGGACCCCUCCAAAGCCAACGUCAGUUCGCUCUACGGCGGUGCCAGUGAAACGGCAUCGACGGGCGCGGCUGCGCCGGGCGCAACUGGCAGUGGCGGUGGGUUCUUGCAGCUGCACAACACUUUCCCCAAGGACCCUGGUGUCACCGUCACAGUGACUGGGCCUGGUGUAGCAGGGGCAACUGGCACCCUGGGCAAAGACGCCUCCUCCAACACCAACACGCUCAACAGGAAGACAACGCCAGUGUAG